AUGGCGUCGCGAUCCGCGUUGGCCAGCGUGCCCACGGCCGUGGCGGCGUGCGCGUCGUCGUGCGGCGCCACUCUCGCCGCUGCGGCAGCGCCGCUCCUCGUUGCAUCCGAUCCAUUCGCCGCGUUCGAUCGGCGUGAGUUGCGGCGAGUAGAUCCUGCUCGCUGCUCGUUGACGACCGCUGCUUCCCCAUCGGAGCAGACGGCGACCGAACAAUCUCGAUCGGUUCUUUCCGAGCAUCCGCACUCCCACCCGCCCGCCGCUCCCGCCGCUCGGGUCUCAUCCGCUGCCUUCGUUUCUUCCCCGCUCGUAGCCCACAUCCAAUCGCGCUUCGCCGUCGCUCCAGCUUCCACAGCCGUCCGUCCGGGGUCGGCAGGAUCUCGUCAUCUCCUAGCCGUCCGUCCAGGUUGCAGUGGUUACCACCACAUUCUCAGCAGUGACGUGGCUCGCUCGCUCCUUCGCCAGAUCUCGCUGACGUCAUCGUGGCCACCUCAGCGCAGAUUCAGCGGGUGCAGAGCAGCGGGAUCAACGGCUAGCAUUUUCUCCGGAUCAACGGCUGAAUUAGAUCCUGGAUCGACGGCUAGCAGCGACCGGAAGGAUGCGGGAGAGGAGGGCGGGGCGGCAGUAUCCGGGGGAGGUGGGUUGUCUGACCGCGAGGUGCUGAGUUUAGCUACUGACGAUCUUGCACAGUCGCACGAAAGCGAUGAUGACUAUAGCGAGGCACGUGAGGAUGGCGCGUCGGAUGAUAGCGACGUUGAUGCGAGCGCGCAGGAAUCAUCGGAUGUGGCGCGGAGCAGCGACGGCGGGGGAAGCGCGGAUGCCCGCGCAAUGGGCGCGGGGGGACAGGCGGAGGCGGACGCGGCAGCGCAGCAGGCGGCGGGGCUGGCGACACUGGCGGAGCUGUACGAGGCGCAGGAGAAGCUCGCCAGGAGCGCGCGCUUCCGCGAAUCGGUUGCGCUCUUCCGCGCGUGGAUGCGCAAGGACAAGAGCGCGGGCGCAGGGGGAGGCGCAACCGAGGCAGGGGGCGCUCCUGCGCCGGCUGCUGGCCCGGAGGCAGCCGGGGAGGCUGGGGCCGCGGCAGAGAAGGCGGAAAGGCCGGAAUGGUGGAAUCACGAAUUCGAGGCGCAGCUACGGAAGGAGCGAGAGGAACAGCUGCCGUUGAUGACGUGGCAGCUGUACCUGCACGCGCUGAUGCACGUGGGGGCACCCGUGCAGGCGGUGCAGGGUGUGGUGCGCGCGAUGAGGGAGAUGCGCGGGCAGGGCGUGCAGGCGUGCGAGGAGACGUUCCACGUGCUGCUGCGCACCGCCCUCGCCCGCCGCGACGCCAACGCCGUGCUGCUCUUCCUCACCCAGUGCGUCGGGCCGUCAGGGUGUCGUGGGGCUGCAGCACCCGCUGUUCCCAGCAUGCCCCGCCGCACCCCUCCUGCAACCCCCUCCCCGCCCUCCCUGCCAACCGCUCCCGCCCCGCCUUCCCUGCCACCCCUCCUGCGAUGCCCCACCCCCCCACCCGCACGCAUUCCCCAUCUUCUCUCCUCUCACGCACCUCCCAUCCCUCCGCUCCCUCCCAUCCCUCCCACCUCCCCCCUCCUCUUCCGCUCCCCUCCCACCCCUGGUGGCAGGAUGGGCGCGGCAAGAGUGGCACCAAAGGCGGGCAGCUACAGCGAGGCCAUAGUGCUGUGCGCCAAGGAGCGCCGCAUGCAGGCGGCCUUGCAGCUCGUGGCCGACAUGCGCAGGGCGCGCAUGGUGCCCUCCCCCCGGGCUGUCUCGGAGCUGCUCGCCACGUGCCUGCACACACGGCGCUCGCGUGAUGCCAUCACCGUGCUCGAGAUAGUUAAGGCGCACAAGAUACAGGUGGAGGGCCGGGCCAUGGAGCAUGCGCUCAUGACGGCCGUCGACGCGGAGGACUAUGACUGCGCUACUCUCGCCCUGCAGCAGCUGAUGCAGGAGCAAGGCGGGCACGUGCACGACGGGCUGAUGCUGCACGUGGCCAACAUGGCGGCCAGGCUGGGCGACGUUAACCUCAUAGAGCACGUGUGGGAGCGCCUCGUGCGACUGCCCAACCCGCCCUCCCCCGCCUUCCACCUAGCGCGCAUCCACGCCUACAGCACCGCGCCCAAGUUCUCCGCCGCCUUCCGUGCCGCGCUGCACCUGCAGGACUUUCUCCUGCACCCCACGCUCGCCCGCCCCAAGGACCGCCCCCCCUAUGACAUCUUCCCCAAGUUCCGCCCCGGCGCUCCCGGCGCUCCCCAGGAUGAUCUAUUUCGCUACACGCUGCCCCUGCCGGCCCCGCCUGGUGCUGCGGGUGCAGGGGGUGAGGGGGAGGGGCUGGCGGGGGGAGAGGGGGGGGUGACAAGUGCCGGUGCGCCAUUGGAGGAGCUGAACCCGUUCACGUCGCUGAGGCCGCUGACGCUGGCGCUGUGCUCAAGCGUGGACGUGCUUGAUAAGGGCUACAGCACGUUGGAGAGCAUGCACGGGCAGGGAGAGGUGGUGGCGUUGGCGGCGCUCAACUGUGUGGUGGCGGGGUGUGCCAUGCAGCGCGACGUGGGGCGAGCACAGCUCACCUUCGAUGAGAUCACUCGCACCUUCCAGCUGCAGCCCGACACACACUCCUUCAACGCCCUCAUGGACUGCUACUCGGGCGUGGCUGACGUGCGCACGGUGGUGCAGCUGUUUGAGCACAUGACGCGCACACUACACCUGCCACCCUCCGCCGACUCCUUCACCAUCCUAGUGGAUGCCCACAUCCGCGCCUUUGAUGCCCCGGGGGCAUGCAUCGCCAUGGAUAAGAUGGUGGAAGCGGGCUUCACACCAUCACGCCCACUCCUGCUGCGCCUGCGGCGGCGCUGCCUGUGCUCCGGGCUGGUGGAGGGAGUAGCGCGAGCAGAGGGCCUGCUGCAGGCGCUGCGCUUCCGCACCGUCAACGCCGACGAGCGCCGCCGCCGCCAGCACCUGGCGCAGCUGCCGCCCUCCGUGGCGGAUCCGCGCCUUGCUGCCCGCAUGCAAGGCGGGGGGCAGCGGUGGGAGCAACGUGGGGAGGGGCAGCGGUGGGGGAGGCGGCGAUGGGGGGAGCAAAAGGGCGAGGAGCAGCAGAGGGGCCAGCAUGGGGAGCAGCAACAACAACAGUGGCAGCAGGAGCGGCAGCAAGAGGGGAAGGAUGCAGUCGGCUCCUUCCACCGUAGCACCGAGGUUUGCGCCGCGGGUUCGUCGCGCAGCCCCACGAUGAGCGCGCGCGGCGCUGUGUCGCGCUCGCUCCACCAGCUGGCGGGUCCUCUGUCGUCGGCCAUCCGCGCUGCACCGCUGCGAUCCUCACCAUCACUGCCGCCAAUGCCCCUGCCGCGUUCUCUUCCACGCCAGCCACCAUCACACCCACAAUCCUCCCAAUCGUUCUUCGCUCUCCCACACGGUCUCACCGGCAUUCCCAAGGGCUGUAACAUCGCUGCUUCCAACAUUGCCACGUGGCAAGCGGCGCCCGGCGGUUUGGCAGCUGGCAUAAGGCAGCAGAUUAGGACGCUCACCCUCACAUGCCUUCGGGGCCGUGCGGUGGCGAAUCCCAGACUGCCUUUGGGUCCGCUUCUGCCACGUGGCAGCGGCUCAUUGGCUGCCCCUGCCCUGUGGAAGGGGCUUUCUCUUGGCGUGCAGUGUGCAGCAGUGGCUUCCCUGCUGCCCUCCAAGGCUUCUGCUUGCACUGACGCUCCUCAAACCCCACCGCCUCUCAGAGACAGCAACGACGGCGACGACGACGUGUCGCUGCUGGCCCUCCUGCGAGUGCUGGUGGCGCAGAUCUGGCCGCUGCUCGUGCUGCUGGCGUCCCUCUUUGCGCUGCAGGACGAGCCCUCCAUGGCGGCGGCCAACCUCGCUGUGCUGUGCUGGGGGCUGCGCCCUGAUGAGCACAGCCUGCACGGCUGGCUGGAACAGAAACGAAAUGAGGACCUCAAGGAUAAGAAUGGGCUCGACUGGGCCACAUCGCACGUGAUGGGCGCUGUGGUGAAGGUGGAGUACACCGACUGCUGGUUCUUCUCCCUCGCUAAGGUGUCAUCCAUUACAAGCAGCUAUACUGUACUCGGCAUCUUCAACAACUGGUUCACUGUAUCCACCACCAAGCAAUCCCUGCAGUUUCCAGGCCUUCGAGACCGAGACUCUGAUUAG